GUGCUUGGGGUCGGUUGGCAGCCCUGCGUGUAGUAAACAUGUCGGCCGAUCAGCUGGGAGGAAAUUCGAACACAAACAUGAAUUAAAAGAUGCUAAAAGAUGAGGAAAGUGAGGACAGAGAAAGUGAUGGCUCAUGUCAGCGACUACUUGAAGAGGAGAAAUCUCGAGAGUGGGGGACCAGGAGGAAGUGUGACGCUAACAGAACAGCAGGUGGGGAUUUUGGGCCUGGUUUCUCCCUCGGCCCCCAACACCUUCACCUUCUCCACCACCUCCACCCAGCACACGCAUGUGGAUCACCAGUAUGUUAGGCUAAAAUCAUGGAUGAUGGAGGCCAGUGAGCCAUGCCGAUCCGAAUUGUCCCAAGUUCUGUUUCCGCUCUUUGUCCACCUGUACCUUGAGCUGGUAGCGGCCACGGGGAGACAAGCGGCAAACAAGUUCUUCAAGAAACAUUAUCAGGUGUUCUUGGUGAACCGUGAUUAUGAAAAUACACUCUCUCAGGUUGUAAGUGCAUCUUCUAUAAAUUCUUCUGGAGACAUGAAUUCUUCUCCUGUUAUACAGAAUCUCAAGAGUGGCAAGUACCUGGUACGUUUAAGUGAACUGACUUUAAACUACUUUCUGCGAUAUCUGAAGUCAAGUGAGAACCCCACACUGUUGCAGAUAUUCAAUACAUACAUUGAGGUUGAGGUGGAUGAGUCAGGUGCUGGAAGUUCAGGAGCUGUGUUCAGAGGGCCCGAUUUGAACACUUCUUCCUCAACAGCUUUAGUUAAUGGUCACACUCCAGACUCAUUGUCCUCUGAUGCCUCUGCUUAUGCAGCUGAUGGAAUGGAUUGUAGCCCAGAAGAACUGCGCAAAGUGAAAGACAUCAUGGCUCGCGUUCGGUCAGCCCAACCCACUGCCCCUUCCUUGUGUGUGUAUACGGUCACAAAUGCUUAUAAUGGCCUGAGUUGUGCCAAUGUGAAUACAGAAGGACAGCUUUUAGCCUGUGGGUUUGAAGACAGUGUAAUUAAAUUGUGGAAAUUGACACCCCCUUUGCAUGAUAUAGGGUUUGGAAAGAAAAAAACAGUAGUUGGUCCCAGAGGUGGGAUAUCGCACACGUUACUUGCAUGUGAUGAUUCUCGCAUUGAAGACAGUGGUGAAAGAGAUGACGAUGACAAAGAGGAAGAAGCCACAGCUGCUGAGAUUCGUAAUGGAGGAAGGAGAAGAAAUCGUGGUGGGGAGCUCUUUGCCCUUCGUGGACACAGUGGGCCUGUGCUGGACACAGCGUUCAGUCAUGAUUCAAAUUACUUGUUAUCAGUUAGUGAAGAUUGCUCCAUGAGACUGUGGGACUUAAAUAGUGGUAAUGCAGUGGCUCUGUAUAGAGGUCAUUCCUAUCCUGUGUGGUGUGUGGCUGUAGCCCCUCUCACUAUGUAUGUGGCAACAGGCUCAUAUGAUACAACUGCAAGAUUGUGGUCCACGGAUGCAACAUACCCCCUACGCACCUUUUCAGGUCACACAAGAGCUGUAGAUUGUGUGGCUUUCCAUCCCAAUGGCACUUACCUAGCUACUGGAUCCUGCGACCGUAGUAUUAGACUCUGGCAAGUCACUGAUGGUGAUGCAGCACGGAUCCUUCUGCACCACAAGUCGGCAAUCAACACUAUGUCAUUUUCUCCGAAUGGAAAGUACCUGGCCUCUGGCAGCGAAGACGGCACAGUUGUUGUCUGGGACCUUGCUGGUGGACGCGUUAUGACAGAAAUUAGCAGUAGUAGUCAAGUCAAUAGUGGGAACACUGCCUCAGGUACUCCCCACCAAGACUCAAUCAUGAAUGUGUGUUGGUCUACCGAUUCAUCCCUCCUUGUGUCUGCAUCCAGUGACGGCUGUGUGCGGACAAGUCAUCUAAAGCAAACCCCAGCAAGCAAUGAUGGAACCAAUUCCUGGGAACUGAACGAAGUGGGCCAGGUUCAUUGCAGCGGAAGUACAAAUGGAGGAAGCGGCAAUAAUGGAGCGUCGGGAGUCCUGCUCCACACGUCUCUAACGUCUCACAAUUACCUCACUUCUGUCAUUGCUCUCGAUGUGGAGAGAUAGUUGGUCUGUGGGCUACGGUGAUUCUGUCAGAUGCCCAUCGCUACUUGAUAGGUGGUGCUACAAAUAUUUUUAAAUUUUAGUGCAGAAGGAGGGGAAUGCCCACAGACAUCUGAUUGUCACUUUUAUUUUUUUCUUUGCAAGGAACUUCUUUCUUUUCUACAUUCGUGUAUAUUCAGAUUUUAGACUUUGAUCAUUGUAUUUCACCUUGAUUAGUCCCUGGUACAAGUGCUCGCAACUUUCAUGAACUGAUGUAAGCUCAAGCAUUCGUUAUGUUGUCUCACUUUUUGCAUCAUAUAUGACAAAAGUUCUUUGAGAAUAUUAAAGUAAUAACUGUAUGUCUUUCAUGGCUUUUGUGAACAAAUGUAGACUCAAGCAGUCUUUAUGUUGUAUCAGUAUUUAUAUUACAUCUGGCAAAAGGUAUUUAGAAUGUUAAGUAAUAAUUGUUUAUCCAUAUCUUUCUCCAAAAUCUUUUGUCACAUGUUCAUUCUCGGUCAUGCUUUUGUUUUCUUACUUUUUUUUUCUGUCUAAAGCAGCUUAUUUAUCUCUCUUACUAUUACAUAAUCAUAACAUCUCAUCAAAACUAAGUUCUUCAGUUGUUCUUUUUUUUUUUCUCUCUCCUCUCUCUCUCUCUCUCUCUCUCUCUCUCUCUCUCUCUCUCUCUCUCUCUCUCUCUCUCUCUCUCUCUCUCUCUCUCUCUCUCUCUCUCAAAGUGACGUGCUAUUCAUCAUGUCUUCCCUAUUUUGUGUACGACUCUCUUCCCCCCAAAAUACAUCCAUUGUGUUCAAAUUUUUGGUCAGAAGUGCUAAGCCACCACUGUAAUCCCUCCAUGAUCUUACAGAUCUCAUUUUCAUUUUUUAUUACCAUAAACAACCUUGAUAUGUUUGUUUUUAUUUUGAAAAAAAAAAAAAACAAUCCUUUAGUCAUAGUGCAACAUUUCAAAAAGCUGUACAAAACCAGUUGGUUCAAUAUAUCUUGUAUUUUCUUAAAAGUCUGCAAAGAUUUUUGAAUUGCAUUCAUUUUGUAGUUCUUGGAUAUAAUUACAGUUGUUUAACUAGAAGAGUAUUUAAGUAUCAUUAAUUUGUAAAGAUGGUGAACUGUAAAAUAGUGCAAAUAACAGGAAAGGUGAGGGAGUGAAUGAGUUAGUGAAUGAAUUUGCAUAUAUUUGUGUGUUUACAACAUAUGGAAUUAUGGUGUUUUGGAUGUCGUUUUCUCAUGUUGGUUCUAAGAAAAUGAUUUUCACAAUAAUUAUUUAUACAGAAACAAUGCAAAAGGAAGUACACUCUGGUGAGCAUAGGGAAUGCCUGUAAUGAUACUGACAAAGACUAAGCUGGGACAAACUA